AUUUCGAAAGAGGCCAAAACGAAAAAUCACUAAAGCAGAGUUGCAGCUCAGUCUACUCUUCGUCUAAAAUCGAAUCCAAUUGAAAAUUAGGGUUUUUACUGUGUCCCAACUCUGCGAAGUUUCUGGUUUCUUCCUUAGCUCUACGCAAAUUCAGAAUUUCGCACACGAAUUCAGGUUGAAGUCAGAUAAAGUGCUCCGACAUGGCUCAACCCAGCAACACAGCUGCUGGAGUUGAUAACACUUUUCGAAGAAAAUUUGAUCGAGAGGAAUAUCUACAGCGUGCUCGCGAGCGCGAAUUAAAGGAGGCGGAGGGUCGGAAGAAAUCGAAAUCAAGUGGCCCACCAGUGCAAAGAAAACCAUUGAAGCACAGGGAUUAUGAAGUGGACCUUGAAUCACGCCUGGGAAAGACUCAGGUUGUGACUCCAAUUGCGCCCCUCAGUCAGCAGGCUGGAUACUACUGCUCAGUUUGUGAAUGCGUAGUGAAAGAUUCUGCAAACUACUUAGAUCAUAUAAAUGGGAAGAAGCAUCAACGAGCUUUGGGCAUGUCUAUGAGGGCUGAAAGAUCAACUUUAGAGCAGGUGCAGAGGCGGUUUGAGGUUCUCAAGAAGAGGAAAGAUACUGGAGGUUUUACAGAACAAGAUUUUGAUGAAAGGAUCCUUAAACAACAACAAGAAGAGGAGGAAAUCAAGCGCCAACGUCGUGAGAAGAAGAAAGAGAAGAAGAGAGAAAAGGCCGCUGAGGAGGAACCUGAAAUCGACCCUGAUGUUGCAGCAAUGAUGGGAUUUGGAGGUUUUCGUUCGUCCAAAAAAUGAUCUAUUGGCUGUUUGUGUUGUAUUCUAUUAUAUUUCUUUAGGUGGUUUUGUUAGCUGACUGCUUUUCCAUUAUUGAUUUGCAGUAAUUUAAGGGUUAAUUUCUANUCUUUAAAGUGUUGCAGAAUGUAUACUCUU